CCAGAGGUAUCUUAGCAUCUGUGGAUGUUUGUUAAUGGUCGAACAGGUGUUACCCGGGUUAUUCAAGGCGAAUCAUGACACAGUGGAUUAACGUUAAUGUUAUUCACCCAUCGAAGGGAUGUAAGUGAUGAUUUGGGUGAAUUCAAGAGACGUUCCAUGUAGGUGACAACAAGAUGAAUUUAGAACAGUUAGUUGUUUAUGUUUAACACACUGUCACGCCAUGGCGGACAGAGAUUUCAGUUUAGCCAAGUUGACAGAAAACUUGGAGGAGCUGUCACUGAAGAAACAGCUACCACUGAGAAGCCAGGCUCAGAAGCCGGUCCUCAAGUAUAACACACACGUCUCGAAACCCAUUUCUCUCAUCAACCCACCCUGUUUCUUGACCAAACUAGUUUCACAAAACCGGAAUGGCUCCAAGCAUGGAGUUCCGCCGAGACAUUCUGCCGCACGGGUUAAAGACGAUGGUGGUAAAAUGGACUACAGGCCACCAAAGCACGGAGGAGGCCUUGGCAGCGGAGCAAGCACUCAAAGCAUGGGUUGCAUUCCACACCAGAAGGCCAUCAAGAGUCACUCAAAUCCGUACACACGUCCAUUAAGUGCCAAAGAAGUUGCCGACGACAUCAAGUGCUAUAGACAGGUGAUGAAGAAUACCAGUUCACAUGCAUCGUCGCCCCUGGAGAGGGGUACAACACCCAAUGGGAUUCUGCAGCUCAACAGCUUUAUGCGGCCCCAGAGUGCAGCAGUCAGCGAGUGUGCAGUGAAACCGAAGUCGCCCCGAAGAGUGAAGCUGAAAGCUUUGGGGGAUUCAGGGACUGCUGUGCAUGCAGAGAAUGGUAGUCAUAAUAGUAAUAAAAAUAAUCAUUUCAAAACUGCUCAUACGGAUAAAGGUUCUGUGAACUCACUUUUCACAAAACCACCUCUAUCCACAUGCAUGUCACAGACAAGAUCGCUCGCGCUGUUAAAUUUUAAUUCUUCAGUCGCAGAACAGAGAGCAAAGAUUCGGAAUUUGAAUUACACACCUACUCGGCCUUACAGUGAAGUGAGUGAACCUCACUCCGACUCCAACCGGUGUUCUCCCUCAAGUACUUGUAGCUCGAACCGCUCUUCCCCUAGCCUCGCUUUCUCUCCACAACAGUCUUCACCCCCAGCAACCAAAACAGUGCCUUUGUCAGAAGUUCACUGCAAACCGUCACACAACCUGACAGCCACGACCACCAUAAAUACGGAGAUGGUGGGCAUCAGCAGUUUCCAGAAGAUGCCUGUCACAAACACCAUCACUGGAACGGUCUACUACAAGAAGGGGUCGAAGCCGAUCGAGGACCUGUGUGAACUGCGGCCCAUGGCCGAUGGUGCGCCCGCCAAGUUGUUCGAGAAAAGUGACUCUUCGGAGGAUGAGGAGAGUGACGAAGAAUCGGAGGAUAAUGACUCAGCAUUUCCAUCGGGAGAACGCUUGCCAGGAGAUGGGGAGACAAGUCUGGAUGACUUUGAUGAAGAAGAUGAUGGAAUCGAUGGCUUGGAUGAUGACUGUGUAGAUGCAUCUGACAUAGGUGAGAGUGACGGCUACUCGGUUGCUAGCAAUUUUUCUCGACAGUCGACCUCCAGCAUCCGGUCAUCUGCUCAUAAACAUUCUGCAAUCUCUGAAAUCAAGUGUCGGCCUCUGUCCCAUGCUCAGUCUGUGUCCGCCGUGUCCCAGACGAUCUACCCGGCCUUACGACAGAGCCUCUUUCCCAGCAUUCCACCAACUAUUAACUUUGUGCCAGAAGGAGAAAGGGUGGAGCGAUUGCCGUGGGAAAUGAGAAAGCUGAUGAAAUGGAGAAUGAGCCCCAUCACACCAAAUAUUGUUAAGUCGACUCUCGCACGGGUUGGAUUUCGAAUCACAAAAAGGAACAAUGACUGGCUUGGUUGCUUUGGAAAACACAUGAAAUCUCAGGGAUUUAAGGCAAUCAGGGAAUAUCAAAAGUUGAAUCACUUCCCAGGCUCCUUCCAGAUCGGCAGAAAAGAUCGACUGUGGCGCAACUUGUGUAAAAUGCAGUUACACUUCGGGAAGAAGGAAUUUGGCUUCUUUCCUCAAACAUAUGUCCUCCCAUUUGACCUCAAACUCCUCAAGAGGGCGUGGGAGGAGGGGGGUUGCAAACAGAAGUGGAUCAUUAAACCACCUGCUUCAGCCCGAGGAAUAGGCAUCAAAGUCAUUCACAAGUGGAACCAGAUUCCAAGACGCAAGCCAGUCAUUGUUCAAAGGUACCUGUCUCGUCCCUAUCUCAUCAAUGACAGCAAGUUUGAUAUGAGACUGUACGUGUAUGUCAGCUGCUACGACCCUCUUAGAAUUUACAUCUACGAAGAUGGUCUGGCAAGAUUUGCUUCAUGCAAGUAUUCUUCUUCCAUGAAAACACUUAACAACAAGUUUAUGCACCUUACGAAUUACAGUGUGAACAAGAAGAAUAUUGACUACCAAAGUAAUUCCGACGAGGCACUCUGCCAGGGACACAAAUGGAGUUUGAAGUCCCUUUGGCACUACCUGAAACAAAGAAACGUCAAUACUGCAGCCAUUUGGGAGACAAUCAAAGACCUUGUCAUCAAGACAGUUAUUUGUUCUGAGUCUCCCAUCAACAGUAUGAUCAAGGCGAAUGUGCGGAGCCGCUAUUGUGUACACGAACUGUUUGGCUUCGACAUUCUGCUGGACGACCACCUCAAGCCGUGGAUCCUGGAGGUGAACAUCUCGCCGAGUCUCCACUCCAACUCACCGCUCGACAUCAACAUCAAGGGUCACAUGAUCUCCGACUUGCUCAACAUCGCAGGUUUCCUCCUGCCAGACAAGCACGACAUCACACACCAUGUGUCCGCAUCAUCCUCAUCAUGUGACCUGAGUUCGUAUUCACCUCCCAAUAGCUAUUGUAUGGACAAAAGGUUAUUCACACAGCAGUUUUCACCACACGAGCGAGCAAAACAUGCCUACUACUGUCAGCGACAUCAGGACGAGCAAAUACUGCAGACCAUUCUUGAUACACUGACGCCCGAUGAUUUGCGUAUUCUGACACAGUCGAUCGAUGAGGACAACAAGAAAGGUCGAUUCCAACGGAUAUUUCCCACUCCAACCACACACCGAUAUCUCAAGUUCUUUGAUCAACCCCGCUACUACAACCUCCUGCUUGACCAGUGGGUGCAGCGGUUUAACAAGAUGGAAUAUAAAGGCAUUGCCCUGCUUGAAUCACUGUGCGAAGAAGGACUUCAUCUGGAAAGUGUCACCGAUGAUCCUAGCCACCAGUGGAACCCACCGAGUUGCACCAUCACCGGAUUCUGGGAAAACCGGACCACCGGAAAAACAAAGGAAAACGAGCCAACUUCUAAACUCAGCAGUACUUCGUUAGUUCAACUUUCCAAAGUGUCAAAAGCUGCGACUCAUACAUCCCAACGCCAGUCACUGGCCCAGACGAUCAGUUCGACGUCGGUGAACAAUCUGUCUCUGAAGGUGGGCUCGCAGUCGCAGAUGUUCCCCAAGUCGCCGACGUCCCAGCGCACGACCAGGUGACUGGAGGUCCGCCUUCCACCACUCAGCAGUAUGUUCAGUGGAAGCAAUUCAGUGUUUGCCUCGAAACGUUACAGCCAACGCAACUUUGGCAAGAGAGACCGCAGCCAUUGUUUUGGUCAUCAGAGGAGCAAACAGAAAGCUGAACCCAAGUCGGAUAGGUUCUGAUUUGAUGAAGAGAGUCGUCUAGUUUUGGUUCUGAAACAUUCAAAGUGCUGUAUACACACUGUCCCAUUCAUAUCAUAGUCUUUUGUUUUUUUAUGUGGCAGGUGGGUUUUUAAUGUUCUUGAUAGAUUUAUGAGAAUGUUAUUGGCAGCUGUUGAGAAUAUUCCUUGUAAAUGUAUUAGAAUGUUGGUAGCUGUGUGCGAUUGUCAUUGGUAGAUGUGAGGAUAUUUUGACAAUAUUCCAUUGUUUUUUGUUUGUUUGUUCUUGGUAGAUGUGUGAGAAUGUUCUGGGUAAAUGUGCAAGAAUGCUCUUGGUAGUUGUGUUAGAAUGUUCAUGUUAGAUGUCUGAGAAUGUUCUUAAUAGCUACGUGUUUUGCUGUCAAUACAUGUGUGACAAUGUUCUUGGUAGAUGUGUGUUUCCGGUGUUGGUAGAUAUGAGAAUGUUCCUGGUAGAUCUUUUAGGGUGUUGGUAGGUAUGAGAAUGUGUGAGAAUGUUCUUGGUAAUUCUUUAAGAAUGACCUUGGUAGAUGUGUGGUAGAAUGUUCUUUGUAGUUCUUUAAGAAUGGUCUUGGUAGAUGUGUCAGAAUGUUGUUAAUAUGUCAGUGUGCAAGAAUGUCGGUGGAUGUAGUACGAUAUGGCAAUAUGCAUUGUUGAAAUAAAAUUUACAUAUAGCAUCGUCUGUGAUCUUAAAGUAUACUCAACAAAAUCAAUUGAGGACCAGUUGAUGUUUUUAGUAUUUUAAUUAUAUAUGAUACAAGAUGUGAAAAACUUGUGGUCAAAAUGUACUCAAAUGUUUAAAAUCACCUGUGACCUUAAACACAAUAUAACAUUUGUGAAAACUGACCAAAACAUCUACUGGCCCUUAAUUAAUGUGGAUGAAUAUAAUGUAUAAUGCAAUACUUGAUACCAUUACAUCUGUUUAACAACAUGGCUAGAGACAACAACCAAAACCUAUGUUUGUUAAAUGUGUUACAGUUUGAAUGAUGGGAAUGUUUGUUAUUCAAUGAAUACACUGGUGAGUGUGAUGUUCAGUACAAACACUGUACAACAGUUACCUAUCAUUGUUUUUAAUGAAAUCAGUACUGAUACAAGGUAGCAAUGUUCACUUAUCAUCUUUGAUAAUGCUACUAAAAUUACAGUGUCUUUUUUAGUUUUCUCUUGCAAUAAUUUUAAUUGUGUAAAUACUCUGAUGUGAUUUUUUUGCUGUAGUAUUGUAAUGAAAUACAGACUUUCACUUUAAUAUUGAUUAACCUUUUUUUCUGUUAUUACAGUAUUGAAAAACUACUUUAUAUAUAUAUAUAUAUAUAUAUAUAUAUAUAUAUAUAUAUAUAUAUAUAUAUAUAUGUUUUAAUCUCUCAGUUCCAUCAUUAAAAAGUUACCAGUUCUGUAAAGUUUGUUUAAGUGGUUAAGAAUGGAGUCUGACUAAGUUUAUAGACACUUUGUAGAUGGAUGGAUGUGUUUGAGCAAGUGCAAGUGCAAUUUUGAAACACAAUUACAUUUUUAUAAAACAGACCUAUUAUUUGAUGUGCUUGUGUAUCUGUUUUGCCGCUACUAUGAUGUUAAGUAUUCAUGUAAGGAGAAAACAGUGCAAGAUUUCUACAGUUUGCUUGUAUUAAUUUAGUACUCCCAUAUGUCAUCAUUAUGCAGCACUGACAUUCCAAACUAGAAUGAGGACCAAAAACUGACGUUUCCACUAGGAUACUGUUAUGGUGGGGGUUGGCGGAUACUUUUAUAGACAUAAGUGUAUAGUUUUUUUUUAAACUAUGAAAUACAUCUUUAUGAAUUUAAGAUAGAGAUAUAACAUAACUGAAAUAAUGCUUUGUUAGUAGCUAUAUGCUAGACAGUUUAGUUGUAAAGGUAUAUUAGAUAAUUAUAUUUGCGAUGCAGAAUUCCAUUGUUUGUGGAAAUGUAAAACUGUAGUUUAAAUAUUUCUUUUUGGGAAUAUAAAUUGAAGAAGCUAGGUUGAAUUAGAAAAUUAGCCAGAUUUGAUAUUACCGGUAUAUAUAGAACUUACAUGAGUAAAAUAUUCUAGCUUUGGCGUUUAAAUGUUAAAUACUAUAGCUGGCUAUGUGCUUAUGAAAUAAAACGCUCUGUCUCUAACAGAAUAUAUUAAAUGCAGUUGGGCUGUUUUAGCCUUGCUUCCAUAAUUUUUAUUUUAAAAUAAUUUCCAACUUUUUUAUAUUUAAAACUUUAUUAAAAAAAAUUGUUUCCACUGAAACCACCUUAAAAUUUAUUUGAUAUUAAAAAUAUUUUAAAAUAUAAAUAAGGAUCUAGUCUGAGAAUUUGUGAAUGUCAAACAUUUUGGACUCUGCUGCAGUUUAGUUUUGAAGUUUUGGUUACAGAUUUCCAGUUUGGACUUGACAAGUUGGAUUUGAGUCCAUCUAAAAGCCAUGCAGUUUAUCGUAAAACAAUUGGCAGCAUGUGAACAGAUCAUUCUUCUUCAUGAAAUUUCUUGUCAGGUCCUUUGCUCACUUUUUAAACCAAACCCUAUCUUUUUCACUUUCCCAGCACUGUAUGUUCACAUGGGCCAUUAUAAUUUGGGGAGAGGGUGGUUAAGAGAGAAAAACGUGUUACUUGGCCUAGUCACUUGUCUUGUAUAUGUAUAUGUAUUAUUAUGUAUAUAUAUUUAUUUUUGUGACAUUCAUAUGCAGAUCUGAUAAGCUAGAUACCUGUGAAUUUUUUAUACUUUGAAUGGUGCUUGUAUAUAAACUGUAAAUAUUUGUUUUGUUAAGAUGGUCAUAAAUGUGGGGGGUUUUUCUCCUUUUUAUGAAAGAGAAAAAUAAAUGUUUUCACAUUUUUGAAAUUUCUAAGACACAAAUGCCAUUAAUAAUCUGAAGGUAGAUGUUACUGUACACGAAAGUACAGGGAUGAUAAAUAUUCACAUAAUAGUCUCUUGUAUGACAAUAUUUUAAUUAUACCAAUUAUACCUAAAAUAAUUAAAUUUCAGUUGUAUUAAUUACAAUUUAAAGCUAUCCCAUUGGUCCAGCCAUAGCAAUGAAAGUUUGUUCAUUUCUCGAUGAAUAUAAAAAUUAAAAAAAAAAAAAACAAUUGCCAGGGAAAGUCAUAACUGACUUUAUAUUGGUAUUUCAUAUUAUUGAGCAUUAUUGCCCAUUAACUAAAAAAAGAAUUCAAAAUGAAAUAUGAUCUUGUUUUUGUUUUUAUUAAUAAAUACAUGUAUGUUUAAAUUCUAAUUAUAGGCAUUGUCUGGUAUAUCUUUUAUAUUUAUCUGGCUGUAAACAAACAGCUUUGCCAAUUCACACAGUUUUACAUACCGAUGAAUCUAAAAGAAAUAACAGACAAUCCUUAAAUAACUAAAUUAUUAUGAUAUAUUUGACAAUUUAAAGCUAAUUUUCAUCUUUCAUGAACAAUCCCAAACAGUUUUGUGAUUUGAAGGUUGGUGAGGGGUGGAUAUUGGUUUAUAAAAUAAAAUAAAGCCUGCACAUCUCAAAGUUUAAAAUUAUCAUGGAUGAGACACCAGUGGUUUAGUGUGUCCUUCAGAUAAUUACUGGAUCUAACGCUAUUUUAUUAUUAUUCCACUAAAAUACAGGUUAUUAUUCAAAUGUUCAUUAUUUCUGCUGGACAGAAAAUAUACAUCAGUUAGUAAUUUUAUUUCUUCACUUACAGUUUAAAAUAAAAAGUACCAUAAUAUUUAUGGUGCUUAUUCUGUUUAAAAAAUAAAUGCAUGUGUUUAAAAAAUGCAGUAUUACACACACACACACACAAAAUGUUUUGUAUAAAAGGAAACGAGGAAGAAAAAACAUAAAACAAUAAAAAUUCUAAUAUAAACAUUAGAAAAAUAAAUUACAUUUUAGUAAAUAUAUAUACUCAUCGUAAAUGUUCCUGUGUAUGUAUUGCACAAGGUAUACAUGUAUGUUUAACAAAAACAAGGAAUAUUAAAUCACUUUUAAAAACUAUUUUUGGUCAUUUGUAAUCAUUAUGAGACAGUUAAUAAAAUUAUGGUGUCUUCACACCACUCAUAAAUUUCGACCAUUUAUAGAUUUUACAAUUGGUUUGAGACCCAUUUUACUUGGUGCACAGGAACUCUUUCUGUGAGUGUAUGUAUAUCUUAUUGCCUGUAAUCUUGUUGCAUGUAAUUAUACCUAAAAACUAUAUGGUGUCAUAAAAGAGCUAGUCUUUCACCAUAUUUUAUUAAUAAGUAUUGAAUAACUAUUGAACCCUAUUGAAUUACUCUAGCUCAAAUACUGAAACAGUUAUUAAUAUAAAUGCAUAAAGAGUAACUAUACAUCAGAUCAAGAUAAUACUAACUUUAAAAAAAAAAAAAAAAAAAGUAUCUCUUUAAAAUAAUUUUUAAAGAUUCCAUCACAUUUC